AUGAUCCCCGUGGAGUCGAUGGAGCCUACCAAUGCCUCAUUAAAGGAACUGGUAAAGUCAAAGCCCUCUCUUUUAUCCAGAUGGAGAGAAUUUGCCGCAAACACAACUGUCCAUGGGCUACGAUAUGUCGUUCAAGCGUCUCUACCUGGUUAUAGACGACUGGUGUGGGCAAUUUUACUCUUCGCAGCCUCAGGUGCUUAUUUGUACAAUUCGACAAUAAGCUUCAAAAAAUAUAUUUCAGGACCAAUAAGAACUGAAAUUUCGCAAGAAACACCUCUGGAUGGCUUGAAGUUUCCUGCAGUUACAAUCUGCAAUUUAAAUCAGUUCAUGAAAACAAAGAUAGACACGACCGAUGAGGACGAAAACUUUGAAAAAUUAGGAUUAAACAUCAGCGGAUGCAGUGAAACAAGAACUGUUCGUGGUAAUCUGACAUGUGGCCAAGCUUUGUUGUGCGCUUUCGCUGAUUAUGGUACCCUUCUGGUGGACAACUGUAACAAUUCGACCAGGCAGAGAAUAAUAAGUGUUCUUAGUCACACAAAACGUAUCUAUGACGAAAAAGAAUUCCUUGCUAAGUAUGGGCAUGACCUCUUUGGCAAUAACAGCAUGGGUGGAGAUUUAAAACACUGUGCUUUUAAAAACCUGGAACAAAUAACCUGCUCGGAACAUCACUUCAUUCCAGUUGUUACAAAUGAUGGCAUCUGUUACACGUUCAAUUCUGGUUAUAAUGGGUCUACGAAGAGUAAGCUGUUUCGUUCUUUCUAUGAAGGUUCAGAUUUUGGUUUAGCCAUUGCUCUAAACGUUCAAACAAAUGAGUCCACAUUCAGUGCCUCCUCUAGUGGCUUAGCAGUUAAUGUUCAUGACCAAGACACCUAUGUAAAUUAUCAUACUGCGUUUAAAGUCCAGCCCGGCGCACAUGCGUCUGUUGCAAUCAAGAUGACCCGGGUAAGUAUAUAAAUGCGUCAUUUUGCUUACGAUGCCAUCAAUUAAACUGUAUCCGCCUAAAGGGAAAUAAAGCCGGCGUACUGCCGCAAGGUUUUCUCUCGUAUCAUCGAUAUGAAACGUUCCAAUUUUGGGUACUAUGCAAGGCAUCCAAAGACCCAACGCCUGUAACAAAGAAGGCUAGUAAAACUGAUCGAAAUGUCGGCCUAUUUGAAAUGCUCUUUGCGGAUGAACCAUCUUGCAUUUUUAUCGGACAUAUUCAAACGAAUCUCAACGUAUUGCCAUUCUUGUGCAUUUACUCGGAGCAUCAUAUAAAGGUUAGCCCUCAUGUAGACGUCUUAGGAGACAGUCUAGUAGUUGGUUAACCUAGGAGCUCCUUACUCUUUCAACUCACUUCAGCUUCCUCCCUCUCUUUCUCUGCCUUGAUGUAUACCAUUUUAUCGUUUAUUUAGUACAAAAGACUCCAGGCGCCCUUCAGAACAAAUUGUAGCAAAGUGGACAGCUUAGCGGGGAUCAAGUCAUACACGAAAGAUGGCUGCAUCUAUCAGUGUCAGUCAAAUUACAGUAUGGAUAAAUGCGGAUGCCGAAGAAACCAUGCUUUACCAGGUGGUAUAAAAGAUAAAUUUUGUGCUUUUACGAAUGAGCUUCAAUUCAGAAUUGUCUUGGGUACCAAUGUGUUAUCGACUUAGCUCGUUCGGUCAAGAUAUGAUCCAAGUUUUUUUUCUUUUAUAAAAUUGCCUGGACAGUAAAGAAUGUACCAUAUGACAUAAGAUACUGCACCACAGAAUUGCCUGUUCAAGCCACGAAUCUUUCUUUGUUUUGACCAGCUAAAUACUUUUUUGGACUGUGAUAUCGCCAGAAUUUGUGUCAGACAUUUUCUACAAGAUAAAUUUAAAUUGCAUAGAAGUUAUAAGGUACAUAAGCAAGCUACAAGCUCUCUUCACAUUUUGUAAGAUUAAAGCUGGUACUCUCAGGCUUAUCUUUCUCGUUCGGUAAGCUAUUAAGAACAGCAUUUGCUUUUUUCGGUGCCCGGGAAAAGCUCAUAUCGUGUUAUAUUGAAACUUAUUCCGAAGACGUUUUUGCCUCCACUAUAGCAUGAAACAUUCCAAAGUUGUGCCCCGUUUUUAUGAUCUCCUUGUUCGACAUUUUUGCUUAGAUCUGCGGGGUUUACCUGUGUGUUCCUUUCAAGACCGUCCGUGUCUUCUAAAAGCAAGAAGUAAGAAAUGUGUUUUUUUAAUAAGUCGUUCUCACUCUCUCGGUGAGCAGCUAACCUAAUCUCUUGGUUCAUCGUCUCAGCCGCUAUUUUAUUUAAUUUCAAGCCAAAAUGGCAGCCCUGACAUCGUGUGAAAGCGUUCUAUAAAAAAUAAUUAUUAUGAUUGUGAUUUUCUUUACGAAUUCUAUCAGAAAAUGUUCUAGAGUUUUAAACGAAUACAGACUUCACUUGAACUGUUCAUUAAUGUAAGAUUCAUUAAUUAAUGGACUGUGCGAUUGAUUAAAUCGUAAGCUCGAAGGCGUCACCUGCUGAGUGACGAUUGUUUAUUGGCGACGGCUAUGUUAAACACUGUAGAAUGUUCAGUACAAUGUUCAAUAUUUGUUUUUUAUGAAUGAUUUUCAGGGGAGUUUAACUUGACGGAAUGUGGCUGCAACAAUGCAUGUGAGCAGACAGUUUAUGAAUCACGAGUCUCAUAUGCUAAAUUUCCGGACAAUACACUAUUAAGGAUAUUUCGACAAACUUAUAACUUCAGCGAGAAAUACCUCAGGUAAGUGAGCUUACAUACAAGUGAUCAUUGGCCUUUGAACGGAGCUAGGAGGAGGAAGAAAGAGAAAUCGUAAAGGAGCUAGUAUUCUUUAUUUAGAAUAGCAUGUGAAAUAGAAUCUCUGAGCACGUUUUCAGAUUUCCGAUUGACUCUGUUGAAAAAAGGACCAGAAAUAUUUCUGUUUCUAUCAAAUUAAUACUUUUCUUGUGUUUUCCUUUUCAACUUGUAAGUGAGAACUAUGUCUAUCUUCAAAUGGGAUUUCAAUUUUUGUCUUACGAGAAACGCGAAGAUGUCCCUGGCUACACAGCUGAGAGCCUUUUCGGUAAGUCAACUACAAUGAAGUUUGGCCUUGUUUAGAAUAAAAAAUGCUUUGGCUACACACAGGUGCUCACAGAAAAAACAAAAAAAAACAAAAACAAAAACAAAAACCUACCAUUUUUAACGGAAUUUUCCGGAUUUUCUCAGGGAUUGGAUCUAUGUCAGCCCAACAGUUCCGGCUGUACCAAAACAAAUUCGUUGCUGUAUUUUCACACGAAAGACGAAGUCACCGUCUCCCCCCUCCCCCGUCUCUUCCACCACUGUGGAUGAUCUAAUUUAAACCCUAAGCUUCGCACUGUGAAUUUGUUUCUAAGAAAAAUUAAAACAAACAUAACAAAGACAGAAAGGGAAAAAUUCUAACCCACUAUUGAAAAAAGACUUGUAUGUAUCAAUAUAUCGAGAUGUAUCAAUAUUUUUUCUCGUCUGACAUUGCAAAAGCUUAGAGUUUCAGUAAAUCCUCUUGAGAUUUUGACGGUUUGUUGGUGUUUCUGAGGUGCUGAUAAACAUACUCUUCCCAGUUCCUAUGAAAGAGAAACCCAAGGAAAAGUGCCUUCGGCAAGAAAGUUACGUAAAACUGUAUUACGCCUUUACUACUUUUGUUAUGGAAUUGAAUAAAAGGAAACAAGAAAUAAAUCAUGACUUUCUUUAUUUAACAAUAAAAGUCAUUUUCGUUUAGGUGAGCUUGGAGGCAACAUGGGUUUGUUCCUCGGGUGCAGUAUUCUGACCACCUGUGAGUUCCUCGACUUUCUAUGGGAACUCGUACUAUCCAAGAUAAGGAAACGUCCUGUGGCAGUAAACACGGAGCCUGCAUAACCAGAUGAUAGAUCUUACCGAGCAUGCAGCUGUGGUGUCGUCUUAUAUAAAUCUUCAUACCUUAAUGUAAUUCCUACUUUUAUGAUAAUUUGGCUCAUGUUGUGAACAGCCAUUUUUGGGAGUGGGGUCAUUUAUUUGCUUUUUGAUAUUGAUUUAUCAUGUAAUGUUACUGAGCAGUUACUAUGUUAUAUAUACAAAUCUUCAUAACUGACGAUCAGUGUAAUGUCUUCCUUAAAGAUAGUUUGGCUCAUGGGUGAGCAGCUAGUGUGAAGAGAGAUCACUGAAGAGUGUGUUUUAUUUAGUUGCAUUUUUGUACAGUAUAGUAUCCAGGUAUAGUUGACUUACCUAAGAGCUGAUUUCUAGUAUAUAACUAGGAAAAUCCUCCCGCUGUUUGUGAGCUGGAAUCGAAACCUACCGAAGUCAAGUGUUUCAAUGGUGGAGAAAAAAAGAGAUUACAAACAAAACGAAGUAAGAAUAAAUUUGGAUGAAAACGGAUCAAGCUGAGAUGGCUAUUGAAUCGUUUACACAGCUUUUUAUUUUUUAAGGUAAUGUCUGACACAUUCAUACUUCCGUAUAUGACUGUAAUGCCUCAUUUCACUUGCUUUGCGGCUUUUGUAGUAUAUAAAUAAACCGGAAUUUUAAAGGAGCACACCAUUUUAAUAUAAAAUUAUUCCUAGAGUAUGAGAUCAGACAACCGUUGCACUGUUACUGAGCAGUUACGAUGUCGUUUUAUACAAAUUUUCAAAACUGACGAUCAGUGUAAUGCCUUCCUUAGAGAUAGUCUGGCGUAUGGGUGAACAGUAAGUGUGAAGAGAGAUCACGGGAGUAUGUCACAUUUAGAUGCUUUUUGUACAGUAUAGUAAUCAUCAUGUAUAGUUGACUUACCUAAGGGCUACCGAGUGAUUACCAAAAUCGGGUGACCGCGCAGCGGGAGUUCGAUUUGUUCAUGCCUCAUGUAUUAAAUAUAUCAAGUUCAGUACCUUCAAAGUCAUAAACCGGGCUUUUUGGGGCUACAAAAUAAUAAAAUAAUCAAAGAUUUAUGCCAGGCAAAUUGAUCGAGAGUCCAUCAAGUAUAGUUUCCCAGAGUCGUACGGAAAGUUUAAAAUGUGCUUCACUUGUGCAACAUAUACGGAUUUAUCUUUCUUACUUACUGAUAAAAUUCCGAGGGUGUGACUCAAGUAACGCAAAAGAAAAUAUAAUCAUUUAUGAAAUUCCGAGAUUGUUACUCAAUGAAUUCAAAAGAAAAUAUCCAGGAAGGCUAUAGAAACAGACUCUCAAAAACUGCUCCUGAAUUCGAAAACUGUAGACAACAAUUCUUUACGCUAGCAAUGUGCUUACCAGCGUGCUUGUGAGCUCAAAUUGCCAGGACUCUGUUUAAUUACACGAUCAAAGCUCGAUCACUGCAAAAAGUGAUGACUAUCAAUUUCAUAGAUUGAUUUUUCAGUUUUAAGCAUUAGGAAAAAAGUUAUCUCAUUGCAAGCAUGUUCAUUACAACCCGAGCAUUAAGAGAAAGUGGCUUCGAAUGGAUCGAGUAGAAAGAAUGAAAACAUAGAGCUGAAAAGUACCAUGACCAAAGAAUGAAAUUCACUACCCCCGCAGUAGGACUAACACCACUCACCCGUGAGUUUGUUUGCACCACGCAUUUGCGGACUUAAUAUAAACAUGAACAUCGCUGACUCAACCUCAUUUUAUUUGGGAAUGAGAUGGGAAUGAUAGAAACUUGCUCACACCGUUCGCUUUCAUUUGAAAACUUUCUAGGCAAAAUAUAAAUCGUAAGAUUACUUCUUUUCCCUUAACACCACGUCUGCAUUAAACAUUCCAAACGAUAGGACAAGAAAUACCCUGAAGAAUACGAAAACUUUGAGAUGUUAUUCGAGCGAUGAACCGGCGCGAGGGUUUUAAAGCAAUGGAUGCCAAAUUCAUUGUUUUACCGAAUCGUGAUAUUAUUUAUAAACUGAAGCUUGUAUCUAACGACGAUUGGUAAAAAAAGGUUUGAAUUUUUCUGGGCCUUAGCGUAAGAGAAAACCCAGAUAAGACACGACUUAACUUCCCUUCUUUCUCAGAUACUUUGUAGUUUGCUUCCCUUUGUUGAUGAUCUCUUUUCAGUCUGUUUCCUGGAGCUCUUUGUAUUUCCUUCUCUCGUUGCUCUUCGCUAGAUAUUAGCCUUUUCACUUAUGCCUUUUCUUGUUCUCUAUUCGCGUUCCUCUCGCCGUAUUCUGCCUACUUUAGCGUCCUUUUUAACUUUCUUGCGUAAAUAAAAAAUUACACACUGAAGUGGUGGCGAGAUUGAUUCGUGAAAAACACUGUUAGCUUAUUAUGGACAUGGCAUUUCAAACAUGGUGCAUAUGCCACAAAUGUUCCAUUUCUGUGACUAAUUCAACCUAUUUGAUAUAGCCGACAACAACAUCAACUCAACUUUUUAACUAAAGAGAAAAGUUGAUUCAUGUUUGAAAUUAAUUUCUGUGAUGUACAAGUGAAAUCCAGGUAUUAUCUAAAGUUUUCUGCCAAUGUCUUCAUGGUCGAUUCCUAAGUCUCUCUUCGUUAUCAAGUUUUCAUUAUCACAUUCUAGUUCUGGUUUGUCUUCCUUUAAAUCAAACUUUCGCAGCAUAAGAAACAUGUUACACAAAUUUCGUAUUUCAGUAACUUGAGUUGCUAAGAUCAUGGACAGCUGGCUUAAUGACCCCUACAUCAUAUAUGCAGUUACAGCAGAGGUUACAAAUUAAUUAAAAUAAAAAAUCUCAAGAAAGACGACGUGUAUUUCCAGCCAGACGACAACCAUGAAACAAGAAUAGCCAAACGGAAAAAAUUUAAAAAAUACAGAUUCAAACACGAUUUGAAAAUGACUUUUAUUUUUAUAUUUCUAUAUUUCUUAUACCUGGCAACUUCAAGAGAAGAUAUAACAGAAGCCCAUACGAUUCUGGCGUAUUGUUUUACUGACUUACUGUUCUCACGCGAAUACUCUUCAAUCAACCGAUGUCUUAACACGAAGUAGCUUACCGUCGCUUCUUUCAAUUUGGCUCAUUUUCCCAAACCGAAAUUAUCAGUCACGCUCAACAGAAUAUGCUGAUGGUGACAUCAUACACAGCAUCUGAACAAGAAAAUAUUCCCUAUCUUCGAAAAUUUACUCAGGCCAUGAAAUCAAGGUUGUUUUCAAAAUGUGUCAGAAUUCCCCUUUCAUAUCUACUCUACGCAUUGUUACAACUUGCACACAAAAAACAGCAAAAAAAAUCCUAACAUUGACCAAAUUAUGAAGAUAAACGAAAAAUAGGUGAAAUUAACCUCAGAUAAAUCCUGUAAAAUCUAAAACGCACGAUGCGAGAAAAUAAAUUUUGGAAUCACCUGCUGACGUCUCCGCGUGGGCUUUUGUAAAAAAAAACAAACAAAAAAUAAAAGCGGGGAAUUUUCUUUAAAAAAACACCUUUCAUUACAAAUAAGCGUGCGCCUGCGAAUAAUCGGUUAACUUCAAUAACUGUGACUUAUUUUUUCCUAACAGUUCUUUCUGGCUUUUUUAAAACUUACCACUGCAACUUUUAAAAAAGUUAACAUGUAUCAAAGAAACAUCUCAUAAAAACAGGUAUACCUGUAUUACCUCAAUGGCGCGACAAGAGAAUCGUUUUACCAGAAUCGUUCAAGAGAAUUGUUAUUCAAACCCUCUUCAGAAGUCACGAGAGAGACAUCGUGAAUAUUAAUUAUUCACCUAUGAAAAAUUCAAGUUGCCUUGAAAUCAAAGUUGAUUUGAAAAUGUGCGAAAAACUGUCUUUUUAAAUCAAGGUUGACUUGAAAGCAAGGUCAAAUUUCGUGAGUUGCCUUGAAAUCAAGGUUGUUUUCAAAAUGUGCCAGAGUUCCCCUUUCAUAUCUCCUCUACGCAUUGUUACAACUUGCAUACAAAAAAAGAGCAAAAACAAAGCCGAACAUCGACCAAAUUCAAUUUUAAAUCCAAUAAAAGACAUUUACAAAAAACAAAGUCUCUUCGAGAGGUGACUUUAUAUUUCGAAGGUGAAACAAAUGCAUCUUUAGCAGUUAAACCGUGUAAUCUGAUGAAGAGCUAAGAACAAAUGAUUUAAGUAUUCGAUUUAUCCCAUUCGCUUUUGAGCUUAUUAUCAAUUAUGUCAUGCUGGCAAAACUUUUUAUGUCAUGAAUAGGAUCAGCACCACGUUCCGAAAAAUAAAAAAAUCUCAAAUUAAAUGAGUCAAAAUAACUACUUUUUGGGGUUUUCAGACAUCGCCAGACUUGAAAGAAAUCAGUGCCAUGAUAAUGCAAAAGAAUUUAUGUCAUUUAUUGCCUUGUUUGGGAAAAAAAUGUAUCCGAAAACAUGGUCAGAUUAAUACAAAACUGAUAAUUAAUCAAUUAUUUACAAGAGGAAACUCUUGCCUCUAAAGUCGUCCGGGUGCGAAAAUACUCUCCUUAAUAAAUUAGGGCGAUUGUUUGUUUGCCUCAUUAAAGAUUCAAACAGCCUUUGAACCACAACCAUUGAACCAACAGUUUCUUGCAAGGUAAAUAUCGAUUUUGCAUUAAUUGAAAAUGAAAGCCUCACGUUCUCGUCAAAAUUUUUCCGUGAAAUGUUUGGACGUAAGGCAAGUAUUCAUGUAAAAAUAUUCAUUUGUAAUGCGAUCAUCUAAGUUUACCUUGAGUUCGUAGAGGAGAUAAUUAUCAAUUAAUCCUUACCAGACGUGUUCUCCAGUGGCUCAAAAAGGGAAUUGUAACAGUUCACAGACUUAUCGUAGUUCCUAGUCAUCAAGGGUGAAAGGAGAUAAAGUUAUUUUUCUCAACGAAUUGAAAAAAUCUUCAUUACAUCAUCAUUUGAUCUUCGCCAGAGUUCACAAACAACUGCCUUUAGGAUGGAUCUCUUAGUAUUACGUGACCAACAUUUCUAGGUAAUUUUGGUUUUAUCGACUGAGUUGAUAAUGAAAAUUGAACAUCGUAAAGAGUUUCAAAGCUGACGUUUUGAGCGUUAGCCCUUCGUUAGAGAGAAUAGAAGAAUUGUGAAUUGUGUGCGUGUUUAUAGUGAGCUUAGGGUUAGAAAAGAAAACAAGAAUAAAGGACAACUAAAUAAUAGUUGAAUGAAAAGCGUUCGUUGAUACCGUAGGGAUUAAUAGUGCCGAUUUUAAAGAUAAAUUUUUGUUCAAGAAGUAAGCAGCUUUCCGAACUGCUUUAAUGUAAGUGUUACGCAGUUCGCAAAACCACAUAAGCGAAAACUCAACCAUAUAUCUACAGGUAUUCCAAAGAUAAUUCAGAAAUAUUCCAGUAAUCAAGCCGAGUAAACAUGCAAUUAGGCAAUAAGGCAGGUUUUCUACGAACAGAAAUUACACCUUUAGCUGGCGAAAUUACAGUACACGCCAAAUACGAUAGAACUUACAGACUGUUUCGAGCUUAGAUUGACCAUACCUCAACAAUUUUGGUUGGCAAAAUAUGCCAGUACGAACACGGCGACUAGUUCUUUUUCGACAAAACACAUGCCCGAUGUGCCGGAUGUUGACGACAAAAUGCAGGCACGCAAUGGGAGCUACAGUGAGGAAAGGCCGCAGAUUGCUAAGUACUGCUUAGGAUGUCUACGUCGCGAAGGUGUUCUCAGUCGCCCAGUCAACCUCCCGUUCGUAGAGUUCAGGUUUAGGGCCAAGUUGUAUCAACCGAAAAAUUGGUGUUCGAUAAAACCUACGAAAAUAUUGGUCUCCGAAUUCGGAAAGAAAUUGAGUGCAAGCAAGAGUUCGGCUGGCCGAAGUAGUGUUUCAUAACUAGGUUCCUUAACAGUACGUUGAUAAAAAAAAUAUUUGAGGGCCAGGAGACCUUCACCAUUGAGAAUGACAUUGGGAAUGACAGUAUCUUUUUCGGUGGCCGGCAAGUCAUUAGUAGCGAUUGUGAUGAGAAGUUAUUUCCGAAAAGAGCUGUAUAAUGCAAAUAAAUUUUCUUGGAGAAUAGCAUUGGGUAGUUAGCUUACGCACAGCAGUAUGCUCCAUACAAUAUAGUACAUCCAUUAGGAAAGCGAAUCGAGAAAUUGUCGCAACACUAGAUAAAAGAUAUCUGAAUAAUAACAAGAAAUGUUUUUAUUCAUACUCUCAGCCUUCAACGCUCAACUAACCAGAUUUCCUCACCAUAAUGAUCCCCGUGGAGCCGAUGGAGCCUACCACUGCCCCAUUAAAGGAACCGGUAAAGUCAAAGCCCUCUCUUUUAUCCAAAUGGAAAGAGUUUGCCGCAAACACAACUGUCCAUGGGCUACGACAUGUCGUCCAAGCGUCUUUACCUGCUUGUAGACGACUGGUAUGGGCAAUCCUACUCUUCACAGCUUUAGGUGCUUAUUUGUACAAUUCGACAAUAAGCUUCAAAAAAUAUAUUUCAGGACCAAUAAGAACUGAAAUUUCGCAAGAAACACCUCGGGAUGGCUUGAAGUUUCCUGCAGUUACAAUCUGCAAUUUAAAUCAGUUCAUGAAAACAAAGAUAGACACGACCGAUGAGGACGAAAACUUUGAAAAAUUGGGAUUAAACAUCAGCGGAUGCAGUGAAACAAGAACUGUUCGUGGUAAUCUGACAUGUGGCCAAGCUUUGUUGUGCGCUUUCUCUGAUUAUGGUUCCCUUCUGGUGGACAACUGUAACGAUUCGACCAGGCAGAGAAUAAUGAGUGUUCUUAAUCGCAAAAAACGUAUCUAUGACGAAAAAGAAUUCCUUACUAAGUAUGGGCAUGACCUCUUUGGCAAUAACAGCAUGAGUGGAGAUUCAAAACAUUGUACUUUUACAGACCUGGAACAAAUAACCUGCUCGGAACAUCACUUCAUUCCAGUUGUUACAAAUAGUGGCAUCUGUUACACGUUCAAUUCUGGUUAUAAUGGGUCUACGAAGAGUAAGCUGUUUCGUUCUUUCUAUGAAGGUUCAGAUUUUGGUUUAGCCAUUUCUCUAAACGUUCAAACAAAUGAGUCCACAUUCAGUGCCUCCUCUAGUGGCUUAGCAGUUAAUGUUCAUGACCAAGACACCUAUGUAAAUUAUCAUACUGCGUUUAAAGUCCAGCCCGGCGUACAUGCGUCUGUUGCAAUCAAGAUGACCCAGGUAAGUAUAUAAAUGCGUCAUUUUGCUCACGAUGCCAUCAAUUAAACUGUAUCCACCCAAAAGGAAAUAAAACCGGCGUACUGCCGCAAGGUUCUCUCUCUUAUCAUCGAUAUGAAACGAUUCAAUUUUGGGUGCUAUGCAAGCCAUCCAAAGACCCAACGGCUGUAACAAAGAAGGCUAGUAAAAUUGAUCGAAAUGUCGGCCUAUUUGAAAUGCUCCUUGCGGAUGAACCAUCUUACAUUUUUAUCGAACAUAUUCAAACGAGUCACAACGUAUUGCCAUUCUUGUGCACUUACUCGGAGCAUCAUAUGAAGGUUAGCCUUCAUGCAGACGUCUUAGGAGACAGUUUUCUGUGCGACAGGCAAGUAGUUGGUUAACCUAGGAGCUCCUUACUCUUUCAACUCACUCCAGCUUCCUCCCUCUCUUUCUCUGCCUUGAUGUAUACCAUUUUAUCGUCUUUUAGUACAAAAGACUCCAGGCGCCCUUCAGAACAAAUUGCAGCAAAGUGGAUAGCUUGGCAGGGAUCAAGUCAUACACAAAAGAUGGCUGCAUCUAUCAGUGUGAGUCAAAUCACAGUAUGGAUAAAUGCGGAUGCCGAAGAAACCAUGCUUUACCAGGUGGUAUAAAUGAUAAAUGUUGUGCUUUUACGAAUGAGCUUCAAUUCAGAAUUGUCUUAAACUAUAUAUAGGUACCAAUGUGUUAUCGAAAUGUUCGGUCAAGAUAUGAUUCAAGUUAUUUUUCAAAGUUUUUAUAAAAUUGCCUGGACAGUAAAGAAUGUACCAUAUGACAUAAGAUACUGCACCAUAGAAUCGCCUGUUCAAGCUAGGAAUCUUUCUUUGUUUUGAACAACUAAAUACUUUUUCGGACUGUGAUGUGGCCGGAAUAGGUGUCAGACAUUUUCUACAAGAUAAAUUUGAAUUGCAUAAAAGUUAUAAGAUACAUAAGCAAGCUACAAUCUCUCUUCACAUUUUGUAAUAUUAAAGCUGGUACUCUCAGGCUUAUCUUUCUCGUUCGGUAAGCUAUUAAGAACAUAGAAUUUGCUUUAUUCAGUUCCCGGGACAAGCCCAUAUUGUGUUAUAUUGAAACUUAUUCUGAAGACGUUUUUGCCUCCACUAUAGCAUGAAACAUUCCAAAGUUGUGCCCCGUUUUUAUGAUCUCCUUGUUCGACAUUUUUUGCCUAGAUCUGCGGGGUUUACCUGUGUGUUCCUUUCAAGACCGUCCGUGUCUUCUAAAAGCAAGAAGUAAGAAAUAUAUUUUUUUAAUAAGUCGUUCUCACUCCCUCGGUGAGCAGCUAACCUAAUCUAUUGGUUCAUUGUCUCGGCCGCUAUUUUAUUGAAUUUCAAGCCAAAAUGGCAGCCGUGACAUCGUGUGAAAGCGUUCUAUAAAAAAUACUUAUUAUGAUUGUGAUUUUCUUUACGAAUUCUAUCAGAACAUGUUCUGGAGUUUUAAACGAAUGCAGACUUCACUUGAACUGUUCAUUGAUGUAAGAUUCAUUAAUUGAUGGACUAUGUGAUUGAUUAAAUCUUACGCUCGAAGGCGUCACCUGCUGAGUGAUGAUUGUUUAUUGGCGACGGCUAUGUUAAACACUGUAGAAUGUCAGUACAAUUUUCAAUACUUGUUUUUUAUGAAUGAUUUUCAGGGGAGUUUAACUUGACGGAAUGUGGCUGCAACAGUGCAUGUGAGCAGACAGUUUAUGAAUCACGAGUCUCAUAUGCUAAAUUUCCGGACAAUACGCUAUUAAGGAUAUUUCGACAAACUUAUAAUUUCAGCGAGAAAUACCUCAGGUAAGUGAGCUUACAUACAAGUGAUCAUUUGCCUUUGAACGGAGCUAGGAGGAGGAAGAAAGAGAAAUCGUAAAGGAGCUAGUAUUCUUUAUUUAGAAUAGCAUGUGAAAUAGAAUCUCUGAGCACGUUUUCAGAUUUCCGAUUGACUCUGUUGAAAAAAGGACCAGAAAUAUUUCUGUUUCUAUCAAAUUAAUACAUUUCUUGUGUUUUCCUUUUCAACUUGUAAGUGAGAACUAUAUCUAUCUUCAAGUGGGAUUUCAAUUUUUGUCUUACGAGAAACGCAAAGAUGUCCCUAGCUACACAGCUGAGAGCCUUUUCGGUAAGUUAACUAUAGAGAAGAUCGGCCUUGUUUAGAGUAAAAAAUGCUUUGGCUACACAAAGGCGCUCACAGAAAAAAAAAAAAAAAAAAAAAGGCAAAAGCCCACCAUUUUUAACGGAAUUUUCCGGAUUUUCUCAGGGAUUGGAUCUAUGUCAGCCCUACAGUUCCGGCUGUACCAAAAACAAAUUCGUUGCUGUAUUUUCACACGAAAGACGAAAUCACCGUCUCUCCCCACUCCCCCGUCUCUUCCACCACUGUGGAUGAUCUAAUUUAAACCCUUCUUCGCACUGUGAAUUUUUUUCUAAGAAAAAUUAAAACAAACAUAACAAAGACAAAAAGGGGAAAACAUACGAGAAAAUUUCCAACUCACUAUUGAAAAAAGGCUUGUAUGUAUCAAUAUAUCGAGAUAUAUCAAUAUUUCUUCUCGUCUGACAUUGCAAAAGCUUAGAGUUUCAGUAAAUCCUCUUGAGAUUAUGACGGUUUGUAGGUGUUUCUGAAGUGCUGAUAAACAUACCCUUCCCAGUUCCUACGAAGGAGAAACCCAAGGAAAAGUGCAAGAAAGUUACGUAAAACUGUAUUAAGCCUUUACUACCUUUUGUUAUGGAAUUGAAUAAAGGGAAACAAGAAAUAAAUCAUGACUUUCUUGAUUUAAUAAUAAAAGUCAUUUUCGUUUAGGUGAGCUUGGAGGCAACAUGGGUUUGUUCCUUGGGUGCAGUAUUCUGACCAUCUGUGAGUUCCUCGACUUUCUAUGGGAACUCGUACUAUCCAAGAUAAGGAAACGUCCUGUGGCAGUAAACACGGAGCCUGCAUAACCAGCGCAGAUGGAUCUUACCGAGCAUGCAGCUGUGGUGUCGUCUUAUAUAAAUUUACAUACCUUAAUGUAAUUCCUACUUUUAUGAUAAUUUGGCUCAUGUUGUGAACAGCCAUUUUUGGGAGUGGGGUCAUUUAUUUUCUUUUUGAUAUUGAUUUACCAUGCACUGUUAAUGAGCAGUUACGAGGCCUUUUCAUACAAAUCUUCAUAACUGACGAUCAGUGUAAUGCCUUCCUUAAAGAUAGUUUGGCGUAUGAGUGAACAGCUAGUGUGAAGAGAGAUCACGGGAGAGUGUGUUUUAAUUAGUUGUAUUUUUGCACAGUAUAAUACCCAUGUAUAGUUCACUUACCUAAGAGCUGAUUUCUAGUAUUUAACUAGGAAAAUCCUCCCGCUGUUUGUAAGCUGGAAUCGGAACCUACCGAACUGAAGUGAGACGUACAUGUAGUUCUCCAACUGUUUCAAUGGUGAAGAACAAAAAGAGAUUACAAACAAAAGGAAGUAAGAAUAAAUUUGGAUAAAAGCGGAUCAUGCUGAGACGGCAACUGAAUCGCUUAUACAGCUUUUUAUUUUUUAACGUAAUCUCUGACACAUUCAUACUUCCGUAUAUGACGGUAAUGCCUCAUUUCACUUGCUUUGCAGCUUUUGUAGUAAAUAACAAAAUCGAAAUUUUAAAGGAACACAUCAGCUCAAUUAAUAUAAAAUUAUUCAUAGAGUAGGUGAUCAGACAACCGUUGGAAUAAGGUUUAUACAAUGGAUGAAGUAUUUUAUCUUGAUUCUAUCUAUAUUUCUCUGUAUAGUACCGGAAUUUACUACAUGGAUACUGAUGAGACACCAAUUAUUAUCCUAAUAGAAAAUAAUUUAUCGUGACGGCGGGCAGUGAUCGUGCCAUUCAUAGCAACUCUUGUGAAGAUGACGAUGUCGUCAAGGUGGUUCCAGUUUCUGACAUUACCAGCCUUAGAAAUGCAGUUUAAGAUUUUCUCUGAUUUAGGUAUCGUAAUAAUAUCUGCAUAAUCAUCACUAUGAAUUUACAAAACAAUUAUGAUUAGAUGUAUGAUAAACGAAAAAAAUGCACACGUAUGGAUACGUGUGUGGCACACAAGGCGCAGCCGAGUUGUUCUUCUAGUACUCUUGACACAUUUUGACGUUUUUUGUGAUUUAUUACUACACAGACUCACAGCAACACGGUAUUUGUUUGCCUUUUAUGAUGUGUCUCUCUUUAAAUAGAUUUUGAGUAUGAACCUAUCCAAAUGCGUGUAUAAUAUAAAAUUGCACCAAUCAAAAUGAGUGCGUUAUAUAAAAAACGCACCAAUCAAAAUGCGUGCAUAAUAUAAAAUCGCUGCACUCACUUGUGAGAGAUAUUAUCGCGCUUGAAGAUGUAAUAUCCUCAAUUUAACACAGUCAUUUGCUAACUUUGUUAUACUUUCUUAAGUCACUCAAAAUUAUGCACUCUGCUUAGUGGAGCUGCGUUUGAUGAGAAAUCUCCUUUUGACUUGUUUAUUUAGAGAAACCAUUAUCCUAAGUUUACCUUGUACAACUGGAAUAGGAAACAAGUGUCUCGCAUUCCUGCCCCAUGCAUGCGUUGCUGCAGAAGCACGCUGACAAGUUGACUUCUCCUCAAAUUAGAUAAAGUUGAUGGUAUACUUAAGAGACAGUUUGUGUGUCUCACAACUUUAUUACGCAGGCUUAAGCUUACAAUAAAUUUCCUUCGUUUUAUUGUGUUUUUUGUUUGUUUGUUUGUUUGCUUGUUGUUUUAUGAAAUAAUGAGAAUGGAUGUGCAAAGUUGAGAUGAAUUUAAUGAAUAACAAAGAAGCAUUAGUGCAAACCUUGCAGCCCAAAACUGCAACGUCCACCUUUAGUUAAUGUUAUGUUUGCCAAGUAUCGUGAGAUACAGCCAUCUUUCGCGUUGGUAAUUUUGCGAAGCUUCUUCAAAUUUGCCAAUUGACAAGAUAGACGAUAAGAAUCCCUAGAGAGAGAGACAAAGAGAGGUUGAGUGAAGAGAGUGAUAGCCCCUUAGUUCAGGUUUUGAGAAAGGUCAACCCACCACCCGCCUCUCGAAGGGAGUUCUGUUUCCAGAGAAGUCUGCAUGAAGGCUAAACUCGAUAUGGGCUUUGCUGGAGUGACUGCACAGCAAGUCCAAUGAAUAUGCACAGUAAAAAAUCCAAAAUGGCUCUUAGGUAAAGGGGCUUUACAAAGGCCAAUACAGCCGUUGUAUUAUUCAAUAAUUAAUUAGCAGGCGAAUAAAAUCUUACAGCGAGAAUAUUUCUAACAUUCGCCUGGAACACCAUCAUCCUCGGGCUGAGAUGUGCUGCGGGAAUCUUCCUUCCUAUUUAAAAACUUGUUUUGUGAACUCUUUCUAUUCACUUCGCUACAAGGGUAUGUUUCUAUUUCUCUUCUUCGAGUUUUGAUCCUUAUUCGGAGCGAAGGCGAAGGCUAACCCUUGAAACGUCAGCUUUAGAAACUCUUUGCGGUGGCCAAUCUGUAUAUUUGCAUAAUCAACUCAGCUGAUCAAACCAAAUAAAUUAUCCGGCAACACAGUUUGUAUACAAACAAAUCCCUUUUGUGAUUGACUGACGGAAGGAGGGAAUGACGGACUGACAAACUGAGUGACUAACGAACUUGAUAGACUUUUGUAUUUUUUGUCUGGUUUCUUUUUGGUUUCACUUUGUUUUCACAGAAAAUUGUUCGGCUUUAUCUUCAAGUCAAGUUUCGGAAUUAAGUCUUCCUUUACCGCUGUAUUAUGGCUAAAUUCAUACCUUGUUACUUUAUUAGAAUCUUAAUUAUACGCCAGAAAAGAGUUUUUUUAGUUUUUAGGAGUAGUUUUGAUGCACACACCAAUUCUAUUUUGUCACACUCCUAGCAGAUAUAAAAACAGCAUUCUUCCUGAUAGUGGCAACGAUAUGUCCUUUAUCAAACUUUGACCUACAUUCGUAAGACACCAGCGGUAAAAAGUUCCUUCCAUUUACUCCUCUGCAGGACAAACGUAAGGACACUUUCAUUCCGUUCUCAGGGUCCUAAAUUCUUUGAUUCUCUCAGCCUUGAAAUUCAGAACGCUCCUAGUUUUGUCUCUUGUGGGACAAACGUAAGGACACUUUCAAUCCGUUCUCAAGGCCCCAAUUUAUUUAACCCUUUUGCUCUCAAGAUCUCAUUGGUAAUUCUGGUAACCGGUCAAGUCGCCCGAGAGUCAUCUCGCCCGAAGUCAUGUCGCCCAAAACCUGCCCGAAAUUUUAGUAAUGUCGCCCGAAAAAAAAAAGUCAAGUCGCCCGAAGAAAAAAUACUAAAAAGAUCGGAAUUUCAGACUGUAAAUAGGCAAUAACGUUGAGAAAUUUUUUAUCACUAAAGCGCUCUUUGUUUCCGACAACACCAUGAAGAUUCUUAAAGUGUUGUUCGUUCCUAACAACAAAGGGAAACGUUGUUCGUUUCCAACGACAAAAUGAAGCGUUGUUCGUUUGGUAUGUAAUUGUUUCUUACUUACGGACGUUUCGUAAGCUUGAGAAACUUCUUCUUGCUUUUUAACCAUACCAUGAAGACUGACUACACAGAAAUCGAUGGUAUGCUCGGAAUUGAAAUGUGUUUUAGUAACGAUUCUAAAAGCGUUGUUCGUUUCUAACAACAAAGGGAAGCGUCUGUUGAAGUCCUAAAUGUAAUAACUGUCCUAAAUGUAAUAAAGUCCUAAAUGUAAUAACAUUUGGUCCUAAAAUGUAAUAAAGCCCUAAAUGUAAUAACGUUCGGUCCUAAAUGUAAUAAGCCACCUAUGCAAUCGUUUAACUGCGCUAACAUUGAAAUGUUAAAGUGACAGCUGUUGCGCUAAAUAAUCCUCUGACCAAUAUUUAUGGAAUAUUGCGGGCUCACUGAUAUUAAUCAGCGUGUUUUUAUUUGUUAAAGAGGUAGGUUGAGAAGCAAUGGCUACAAAACCUUAUACUGAUACUGAUGUGCUUUUGGCAUCAAAUUGACGGACGCAAAGGCAACGAGAACGUUGACUAAUAGCUCUCUCUAUAUCAUUGGCUCAGACUCUUAAGUGUAACAGAUUUUGACGAAAUACUUCUGUCAUCAGUGCUGAAGUUAACACUUGAUGAACCGAAUUACAAGGAAAAAGAAGUCCACCGACUCAUACGUUAGACAAAUUCUGGGCUCAGAAGGGCAUUCUUUGUACUGUCUUCCCUUGCCCGAUUUGUACGGGUCUGCAUAAAAUAUAUUCAUAUGCGUUAUUGACCAAGCGUGAGGUCAAAAUGGCUAUAUAUUGGCUGAGUUCUUUUUUUUUUUGCGUUUUUAUGGACGGAGACGAGGUCACGGUCCAUAAAAAAGUAGAAAAAGAACGAGGCUAAUAUCCAGUAAUCUUGACCAUACAAGCUUGGUCAAGAGAGUUUAUAUUCUCUUGGCUUAAUCAUUAAAGGAUUCAUUGUAUAGCAAAAGAUUUCGCUUUGAUAAGAAUCAAGAAUGGCCUGUUUAUUUCGAGAGCCAAUAGUGAAAGCCAACUGUGUUUGCAGUACAAUAAACCCAAGAGGGUCGUUUAUUUUUUUCUAUGUAUAUGCAAACAUUGUCCAAAAGUUACGAACUUUGUAAGUUUUCUUGCGUGGGAUCAAUACGGGGUAUCCCGAGCGGGCGAGGGUGGGUCCAUCAUGCCCGCUCAGGUAGCCAAUCAGAACACAGGAUUCACUUCAUCUUGCCCACGUGCGCUGCUAGCUAUUUGAUAAAGUGACUUGCACAGCAAGAUAUCGACUGACCAAUCAUAUGCUAUCCCAUUUCACGAUCACAGGUCUUGACAUGUUACCUUUUUUCCACGCAAGAGUCAAAUUGAACCAUUGAGCUACACCAAUCAACACAUGAUGGUCAGUUGACGGUCUAAUGAACCAUUAAUUUUUUUCCUUUAGCCCCUUAUGACGGGUUCAUCAGUUCCGCGAACCGAAAUAUUAGGAAAACAUAUAUUUUACAGUUGAUCUCAAGUUUAUAUUUCAUUUUUUGUCUUCACCUCUUCUCCCCGCCGUGAGGGGAGAAAAUGAAUAGAUAAAUAGAUGCAUGAAAAAAGAAAGCUCAACAGUUUCCAUUUAUAGUCAUAUGGUACAUGAAAUGAUUACUGAGGUGGAGUAAAGCCAUAGAGGGCUGGAAAUGCAAUACCCCAAGUUCAAAAUUGAAUAAAUCAGGAUAGUCAUUCUUAAAAAUGAACUCAAAUGCUUCAUCAGAAUCAAUCGACACUGAAUAACAUUGAUGUGCAAAAUUUCAAUAACGCUACUGAUUAUAAUAAUUUACUUUUGGAUUAACAUGUGACACAGCGAAAUCAUUCAAACUGCUCUAAAAUGGUGCAUCACUACUAAAGACUUUAACACGAACGAUAACAUCAACAAUAGCAUGCUAGUUCAUCAUCAAUUGUAGUCAAUUUCUUUUCCAAAAAGUCUUAAUGAUUACGUACCAAUCGAUUCCAUCCUAUUGAGCUUCCAGCCAAGCACUAGCCCACUUUGGGCUGGAAAUGAUUUUCUUCAACUCGAUCGAUAAACCGCUUUAAGGACCAUACUUCGACUGCUGAUAUUUCUUAUGUCUAGCAGGUAAAAAGACGCUUUUGAUAUCAGUGAGCCCAUAAUGUGACAUGUAUGCUGGUCAGCGGUUUUUUUGGUGCAACAGCUGUCACUAACAUAUCAAUGUGGAUGUCCGCCAUGACAACAAUGCACUGCAGGAAUCAAACGAUUGCAUUGGAGGCUUAUUACAUUUAGGACUAAAUGUUAUUACAUUUAGGACUUUAUUACAUUUAGGACCAAAUGUUAUUACAUUUAGGACUUUAUUACAUUUAGGACAGUUAUUACAUUUAGGACUUCAACAGCGUCCUCCGAGAUGACUCACGGGCGACUUGACUGUAAACCGUAAUUCUCUUUACCGUCUGCCACACAAUUCUUAUGAUGCUAGUUCGAAGAAUUUGGUACUGAAUCAACUAACACUUCCCUACUUGAUAUUUUCCUUUAUUCUCAUCAUUUGUCCGCUUGAUACUAUAUUGAUACAAUAUUGAUCAAUAUUGAUGUCGUAACGAGAAAUUCUGUCUUGGUCACUUAUUGGAGUUAACUAUUCGUUCUCAUAGCCUUGAAAUCCUGGAUGUUCCCUGUUUUGUUUCUUCUUUCAUUAUAGGAACAUUCUACUUUCCUUUUAGUGUGUAUAAGUAUUUUUCAUUUCUCUUUUUUAUUCAUUCCCUACACUUCUUUUAACCUUUUCAAAGACUAAAUUCGUACAUUAUGUAUACUUACAAAUUUUACAUUAAGUCCUGCCGAUGACAUAAUUGUUAAUUUUGUAUAAGCAAAAUGAUCCUUUACAAAAGCCUUUUUGGCUUCUGUAGGUUAUUUUGCCUAGCUGAUAUUUUACUAAUAAACUGUUUAGAAUAUUUGUGGUAAACUAAUAAAAUAAAACUGAAACUGUUGUUAAUAUAAUUUCCAUGUUUGAAUGUCAAUAGACAAUCUAAUUUCACCGGAUUACUAUGAACUAAAAAAAUUAAAUGAUACAAAGGAGCGUACAGAGGUUAACUAAGCUUCUUUAAAAGGGAUUAUCACUAACGCCAGAAGAAAGAACAAAUUACGCAAAGCCUUUGUGAACCUUUAUUCGCAGAGAGUUCAAUAACAAGAAGUCAAUAGAAUCAUCACGAAUUCGAAUAAGUCAAUUUUUUAAUAACAUAUAACAUUUUGUUUCCUCUUUCUUACGCAUAAAUUUUUUUUCUGUAAUGAAAUGAAUGGGAAGGUUUGUUUCUUUACUGCGAAGAUGUCGAGAAAUGAGGUCGAAAGGCAAGCGUGCGAUCCUUUACAUGGCGGAUGAAUAUUCAUCCGGUGAGUUUUAGCCCAAUUGUUUGCCAAUUUUCUUAAUUACUAAGGGUUCGGGUCCGACUUGUCAAUAGGCGACUACAAUUACCCCACGCGAGGGUUGCAUAAUGCUUAUGUACCAAUUUUCUCUUCUUUUCUUUUCCCUUCCCUUUCCUCCUUUUGUUUUGUUUGUUUUUUUCGUUUUUUUUUUAAUUUUCUUUUCGUUUCUGACGACGGAAUUGCAAAAUACAUGAGCUCUGAUAAUAACCUGAGUUAUUAAGCUUAGGCAACAUUGGGGUUCAGCGAUGAUUUUGUUUUUUUUCUUCCAGAUACUGUUAUAGCUACAUUGUCAUCCGGUAUUUGAAAGCAGACACAGCCUAAUUUGAAUAAUCAUUAGAUUAACUUCAUUUGCUUCUAACCCCACCGUAACUUUUGGCUUAACAAGUAUAUUAAGCCAAAAAAAAACAUAUCUGACAGGAGUUGCAAGCAAACCUUUUCUCACGUAAUGUAAUUUUCACCUUGUAGGAGUCUAUCAUGCUGACUGGUGGCUGAUUAAAACUCUUCCAACUACACGCUGUGUACUAAUAAACAAUCUAAAUUUGUUUGGAACACAAGUGAAAUGACUAGGACUUGUAGACCUCAUUUAAAUUAAAAUUAAUCAGUUUUAGCGUUCCUGCCAUCAAUUGCUUCGUGCGUAAUUUACCGUGAAGAGCUUUAAGAAGAUCAAUUUCUUAAAAGAACGCCGGUAAAGAGGGUUUCCUUCUAAUAUUUGACAGUUCCAAACCAUCGCUUUCCAGAAACAAGGUAUGUAAUUUACAUAGUUUUAUUUCACCACUAGGGAAUCUAAUCCUCACUCUUUUGAAUUGCCAAAUGUCGAGGAAAUGUCUCGAAACUAAUUAGCCAAGAUGCCAUCUUCCUUGGUAUCUUUGACACAUGAACAUAAUAGCACCUGCAUGCCCAAUUCAUGUCUUUUUCCUAUUGUUUCCAUAUUUUGUGCAUUCCGGUCACGUUUUCGUCCAAAGUCAUUCCUCUUUGACGAGGAAAUCCUAAAUUAUUUAGGUUUAAGCUCUUGUCGCACACGUUUUAAUUUUUAUAUCUAUUAAAAACGAAUAGGCAAAUUUUACUCAAUACCUUCAGAAGGAAAAAUUGAAUUAACACUGAGCCAGUUGUUGGCUAGAAGAUAUCUAUUGUGCAGUCAAAUUAGGACGUUCUUAGGAAGAGGGUUUUUUCAUAACUGUUCCGGUAAAACUAUUUUCUACCCAAACGGCUUUUGUGGUAAUUUUCUCUCAACAAGACUUCUUGAAUUGUUAUGAUUUAAUUCUCGUUUUCAGGGGCGACUUAAUGCCUUCGCGUGCACUGCCAGUCACUAUGACAACCCGUGUAAAAUCGUUUGGCAACUGUUCUACCGGUACCUGUGAGGAAAGUCACCAGAAAUCCCCCAAUGCUUCUAAAUGGAGAAUAUUUGCCUCGAAUACUACUCUUCAUGGACUGCGACAAGUCGUCAGAAACGAGUCGUCUUUUUUCAAAAGGUUUAUUUGGUUUUUGUUUCUGUGCACUGCCGCUGGGACAUAUUGUUACCUCUCGACCAUUAGUGUCACGAAAUAUUUCUCCCGACCUAUCAAAACUGUAAUUUCGCAAGAAGCUUCAAGUAACGGCUUGAAGUUCCCAGCUGUGACAAUAUGCAAUUUGAAUUUUUUUAUGAAAUCCAAGAUAGACACAGCCGAAGAGGAUGAGAACUUUGUAAAACUGGGCUUAAACAUCACUGGUUGCAGUGAUCGUGAAUUUCGAAGAGUGCGUGGGAAUCUCACUUGCGGUCAGGCGUUGCUGUGUGCCUUUGACUGGUUUGGGUAUGCCAUAGUGAGAGGUUGUAACAAAACUGUACGCCAGAAUAUCGUCGAAGCUUUAAACCGCUCCUCAGAACGCAUAUUUAGCCAAGAGGAGUUCCUCACCAGAUAUGGCCAUAACAUAACUGACAUGUUUUUACUUUAUUGUCGUUUUAUGAAGACAACCGAAUGUUCAGUCGAGGACUUUGUUCCAAAGCUAACCGAAAGUGGCAUUUGUUAUACGUUCAAUUCUGGAGAGAAAAGCCCAGUUCUUAGAACAUUAUUUGAAGGUCCUGAUCUUGGUUUAAAUAUCCUCCUCGAUGUUCAAACAAAUGAGAGUACCAUGGCUGAUUUUUCACACGGAUUUAAAGUGAUUGUGCAUGAUCAAGAUACGUUUGUAAACCGUCACAUUGGAUUCAACAUUCCUCCAGGAUUCCAUGCUGCGGUGGCUGUCAAACUGAGAAAGGUAAAAUCUGAUCAUAAUCAUAUCGAUCCAUUCAUCGCUGGAAUUUGGACAAGGUUUCACGUUUUCUUUUAUUUAUAUAUGUUAAGAAUGUUUGGGUUUUUGCUGAGUUCGUUUUUUUGGUCCUUCUUUCUUCCACAAUGGUUCACACCUGAGUUGGCGAAAAAUUUAUUACUAAGGCCAUUUUAUUUACUGGUGAUCUGGAGAGAAAGCAGUCCACUACUGAAGUAGGAAAGAUCGAUAAAUUAAUAAAUAAAUAAAGCUGGGUACAGAAAUUAAGUAAUCUUCUUGAGGAUCAAUUAUAAUACAUUAUUAUAUAUCAUGGCAUUUACUCCGUCAAAGAACAACAAAGACAGAAGAGGUAACAUACUCUUUGAUGCAUUCAGAACUUUUUAACUACUUUUGUGCCGGACACCAACAAGCCUUUUCCAGCCAUCAAUGCUUUUUUGCUAACCAAAUAAGUUACUAAUGGUAAACAUGCCUUCCACUUAAAUUGUUGCUCUCCCUUGAUUAUCAUAUUUUCAGCAUAUCAGAUUACCAAAACCAUAUAAGACAAAAUGUCGGCAGGAAAAAUUGCCUGGGAUUGGUACCUACACAAAGGACGGCUGCAUCUCGCAAUGCUUGGCAAACAUGACGUUAACUAGAUGUGGGUGUCGCACCAUUGCCAUGUUACAAGGUUUGUGCGGCAUAUCUUUGAAAGUUGAUAUUUUUCAUCGCCAUUUUACAUUUUUUUUCCCAAUGAUAUCAAAACAAAGGUAAAAAAAGCGAAACCAAACAAACAAACAAAAAAACAAAAAAAAUAAAAAAUUACAUUUCGCUUGGCCUGCGUGUCGCGAUUGAACUGACAUUAUGUUUAAUUUUAUACUUUUAUCUUGUUCGUACGCAUUGCGUGCCUAUGCGUUGUGACGUCUAGGUCACAUGAUUAAAGAGACCUUGUAGUUGAGAAAGGUAAAGAAAAAGAUGCGUUGUGGAAAACAAUCCCUAUUUUUGUGGAGGAAGCGAUUUUACACGACACUGCAUUCUUAAGUUGUAACAUAAAGGAAGGUUUGAGUAGAAAAGCAACCUGUUGUCAUCAGAGUUGCACACUUUAGUUCCCUAUAAAGGAGCUACGCUAUAUUAUGGAAACAUUUCCAGUGAAUAUUUUUGUCCACUUUCAGGCCAGACCGAUGCACCUCUAUGUUCCAUGCGGGAAAUGAAUUGUCUUGUCAAAACCGAACGUGAGAUAGGUAGGUAAGAUUUUCAAAAUUGUUAUAAAAAAGACAAAAGGCAAAGUCUGCACUCAAGCCAAGUAGCGCAACUAGUAGGAGCUUGCCCCAGUUUCAAUAGCAUAAAGCGAGUAGGAGUAUUACUACUCCCCCCUGGAUGGGAUACCAGUCCAUCGCAAGGUUCCUCCCCUAGCAUUUCAUCAGGCUUUCCUAAAGGUUACCCGUUACUCAUCUAUACUCCCGGGUGGGGAAGGGCACUGUGAGAGAAAAGGUUUCGUACCCAGGACACAACGAGUUGUCCCGGCCAGGUCUUGAAUCAGGACCUCUCGACCCGGAGUCCAUUGAAUUGAAUUGCUAUAUUUUGAAUUCAAAGUUUCUGAACGAAAUAACAGUUCGUGUAAGUAUAUCAUCACUGAGAUUAGUUUUGAUUUUUAGGAGAAGACAACUUGUCAGCGUGCUCCUGCAGCAACGCAUGCACAGAACUGGAAUACGAGACACGUGUUUCCUAUUCCAAAUUUCCUGAUAACUCGAUAAUUGAUAUCUUGCAUAAUAUCUUUGGAAAAAAAGAGAGCUCCAGUUACAUGAGGUAAACUUAAGUUAAUGUUAACUCUAAAUAAGCAGGUAAGGAAACAGUUUCUCAACCAACUUAUCUCCACAAUGUAAAAUGCAAUGGCAAGUGGCUCGAGAAAGAGUUCUCAAAAUAAGCGAAUGUGUCAAAUACAGGCUAUCACAUGAACAUAGCUGCGCGGUAACACGAAUUUCAUUCUUGAGUGUUCAGUCAUAAGCGAGUGAUAUGAUGUCAUCCACAGGAGAAAAUAUACGCCCAUGCACAUGCAGACAUGUUUUGUUCGUCGUAUAGACACUGAUUAACAAUAAUUUUCACUGUACAGAGAAAACUACGUCUUCCUUCAAGUCGGUUUCCAGCACUUGGCCUAUGAAAAGCGGGAAGAUGUUCCCAGUUACAAAUUAGAGAGUCUCUUAGGUAAGUCAGCUAAACAGUGCUACAUGUAUGUGUAGACUUGAACCAGAUGGGCAAAAAUUUCUUUGAACACAAGAUUGAUUUUUUUCUUAUAGAUAUAUCUUGGCUGACACAAUGUACACUGGCACUUUAAUUUAAACUAAUGGUAAUAUAAAAAACUUAUAAUAACUUAUAAAAUCUCAUUCUCUUUGGCGCAUUGGCUUACUGUGCCACCUUUUGCUCAUAACAGCAAAUUGAUCGGUAAAGUUCUUGUCGAUGACUUGUUACAGGUGAGUUUGGUGGCAACAUGGGCUUGUUCCUUGGGUGCAGCUUAUUGACUCUCUGCGAGUUCCUCGACUUUGUGUGGGCUGCUGUAACGUCCCGGAUGAGAAGACGUUCCGUAGAAAUAUCACCGAGUACUGGCACCAUCUCAUAAACGACGCCAACAUAUGAAUUCUACGUCGUAGAUUCCUUGAAAUACCGUGCAGCAGUAGUAGGAAGAAAAAGAAAACAAUCGUACUUAUUUGUUUAGGAUAGAGCAGCGCUGGUUGACAGAGAGAAACGAAAUCAGGGAGCGAUUGACAUCACUGAAGACGUUGUCAAGGUUGAUAAAGAACACGUCAGGUCUUACGUCAGCUGAACGUUUGAGUAAAAAACUCCUUCACUUCAGUAUCGUCCUAAGCCCCAAAAUCUUCCCCUUUUUUUUCUUCACCGUACUGCUUUUCUUCGUUACAACACUGGAAAAUAGUUCCUGUGGUUUCUGUAUUAUCGGCGACAAGUAUCACCUUGUGAUGGCUGAUUUGAGUUUCCAUAAACUACUGUUGACUUCCGUGCUAUAAAGAGUUUCUGUAGCACUUUUUGAAUAUCGAAUAAACUUUGCCACCAAUCGAUAUCAAACUACGAGUCUUUUUUGUUACUUUUAUUCGUUUUACUUCUAUUUAAUUUCCUUUUAAUAUAAUAUAUCUUUUCGAAAAGACACUGUCGAGUUGUUUUUCUUUCUUGAAUUUGAAACUCAAACAACAAAAGAAAGUAAAAAAGAAAAAAAUGCUGACAAAUCAGAGCUCUAUACCAUUUUUCCUCUAAAGCGAAAACCAACGCCUUUUUAUCAAAAGAAAGAUUUAAAUUUCUAUUACCUUAAAAUAGCAAGUUCAUUGAGCACCCUACCCCGAUUUGGAACGACUCAAUGUUUUUUGUUUGUUGUUGUUUUUUUUCAUAAACGGCUUUGGUUCAAAAGCCAAACUUCCCUUACUGGUUAAUUUGGUUUUUUAACUGAGUUCACUUGAUAACAGUGAUAAUGUUCGUUAGUCAGCUCAAAGAGUUUCGACGCUGACGUUUCGAGCGUUAGCCCCUCAGUCUGACGAAGGGCUAACGCUCGAAACGUUAGCUUCGAAAUUCUUUACGUUGGCCAAGUUACAUUACAAAUUACCUUGUUAUACUCUCCCACCGACACAGCACCACAGUUUCUUAAGAACCUUCCUCCCUUUUUUCCAUGCCGGUGUCGAAUCAAAGGUAAAGAUUACUGUAUUUUGAAAACGUUCUUGUAGAAUCUCGAUUCUAUUGAUUUUGAGAACACCACACUAGGUUUGAGCAGUGCUCUCUGUUUUGCAUUGAGAAUAGAAAAGCUUUUCCAUAUAUGGUAAUUAGUGGCAGGAUCCCGCUUUAGUGAACUGUGGAGUCCAAAGAAGUCAAAUUUUCACACGAAAACAAACUUUUUGCUGUAUGCAGAGGUAGAUUAGAUUUGGGAACCGAUUAACAAGAGUACUUUUAAUUAAAAUUCUGGUUGUAUUUUCUUUGUUUUGGUUUUUCGUUUAAUUAAAUUUGGUUGGUGCGGUAAUUCUAAAAGAACAGGACUUGGCAAGCAAACGACCUAUGAACUAUUUAGGGCGCUGGCAAUUGGUGGUAACUGGGAAUAGAAGGUUAAACCAGCACAAGUAAUUGUGGCAUCUCUGUAAUUAUUUGUUUGUGCAUUUCUCCCUUGAUUAGUUAUACGUUAUGUAAAGUUUCAUCUUCAAACUAGACGACAAACGCAAAAGAUAUGCAAAUGAUACUGGCAAACUAUUGUUUGAUAUAUAGACCGGAUAAAAUUUUAAUGAAAGUGUUAAUUCAUUAACCUGUCGACGCUCUGGGUAGUUUGCCAGAAAUUAAAUGCUUAUAUGAAAUGAUAUCCUGGCAAACUGAGUAGUUUACAAGACGCUCCAAAAACUAGUUGAAGAAAACAACCACCUGAGUAAAGCAUACUCCACGGAAAAAAUCGUCAAUUUAUGCAAGGUGGGUUAAGAUCAAUGUUAGGAAAGAUGUUUAAAGCAUCCGCAUUUGACAGCCUGCUCCGGUCAUCCAUCAUUUCAAUAGCGGUUUAUUGUUAAACGCAUUUGAUCCAGUUUAAUGUCCAUUCACGUCGGUUCUUGAAACAGUUCACGCCAAAGUCUGAGACUGAUUACUGCCAAACACUUGAGAGAAUUAAAUUUGUCCAUGAUAGUUCCUUUCUCCUAAAUUUAUAUUAUCAUUUAAAUUAGUGCUUUAAGAUACCUAAAAUUCUAGUCCUUUCCUCUUAUUUUCUUAACGUUAAGUGGAAAAUAAAAGUUUAUAACAAGCCAAAGUAAAUACGUACGAGACUGAUUUCAAUUUCAAAAAAUCUCGCGCCUAUAGUUACAAAGGUAAUAUUUUGAAUCAACGCUUUCUCAGUUGAGGCGAGGUUUCCCUACCUACGUAUAUCGGCUACAUUACGGUCACAUUUUUAGCAUCAAUUUCACAGACAUUUCAAUAAGAGCAAAAAAAAUACUUUAUUCACUCAGUCGUUUCCUUUUCGAGAGCUCUGGCUGAACCUCCUUCGAACGUAGCAUAGGCAUAGCUAGUUUGAUGAGGAUCAUUCUCUUUAUUCUCUGUAGCUUGGUAGCAUCCAACUGUGAAGGCGGCAAGUCUAAGUUCUGAUGCGUCACGUCCGACGAAAACGUUUUCUCGAGCCAACGCUCGUAACGAAAGUUUGACAUAUUUCUUUGUUUGCUACCCUUAAUUUACAGGACUGAAAAUAAAGCAGCAUUUCUGACUCUUCACUCAGUAGCAUGAAUGCUACCCAAGAGAGCGAAAGCGGCGCGUCCAGUUAUUGGAAAGACGAGGUGGAGGCUCGCCGGACAUCUUUUUAUUCCAGAUGGAAAGCAUUUGCAUCCAGGACAACUCUUCAUGGGAUAAGCUACAUCUUUGAUAGUAGUCUUCCCACACUUAGAAGGGUUAUUUGGCUGAUAUUUCUCUGUGCCUCUUCUUCAGCCUUCCUGUAUCUUGUGACCAUAAGCAUAGGCAAAUUCAUUUCUCUGCCAAUGAAAACAGUGAUUACGCAAGAGGAACCACCUAAUGGCCUUAAAUUCCCCGCUGUGACCAUCUGCAACUUGAACAAGUUUAUGAAAUCCAAGAUAGAUAUGGCUGACGAUGAAAAAAGCUUUAAAAAGCUAGGUUUGAACAUAAGUGGGUGUGAUGAGAUAAGAGAGGUUCGAGGAAAUCUGACUUGUGGGCAAGCACUACUAUGCGCUUACUUUUUGUAUGCUCCCGCACUGGUGAAGGGCUGCGAUGAAACAAUACGCCAAAACGUAAACGACGUGCUCAACGGUUCCUCCAACCGUCUGUUUAGCGAAGAAAAAUUUCUCACCAGUUAUGGUCACGACAUGGCUGGCAUGUACAUGGAUUAUUGCCGUUACACGUCGCAACUCUCGUGCUCCGAUAAAGACUUUGUACCAACCAUUACACCGGACGGUUUGUGCUUUACUUUCAACUCUGGUUACAAUAACACUCCAGUGCUGAAUUCUUUUUUUGAAGGUCCCGAACUAGGAUUGAACAUUCUAUUAAAUGUUCAAACGAAUGAAAGCACCCUCACUGAUUUUUCAAGCGGACUGAAAGUAAUAGUUCACGACCAGGACACCUACGUUAACCGCCGCAGUGGAUUUAACAUCGCUCCUGGCACACAUUCUUCGGUUGCAGUGAGAUUAAGAAAGGUUAGUAUCACUCAGCGCGUUCCCAAAUACCAAAGCAUUCAAGAUUCACAUACUGCUGUACUUUCUUUGAAAUAUCAGACUAGAUGAUUCACGACGUUUUGUUGUUUCAGUUUAUUUUAUCUUUUCUUCCGAGGUUGCUUUUCGUCCCAAAAGUCUUAUAUAACAAUAUCUAACACUCCUUGUGCGGUUGAUGUUUUCUUUAUUUCUUUUUAUAACUUUAUACAACUUACCACCUUGGUUUCUAGCUCUGUUCUGAAGGAGACUGUAUGUCACCAGCUUAUAUGGGUGACACUUACUGAGCUGUCAAUCUUUAAAACCCUCGUCGUUAAUUCGCACUUGACUGGCGAACUACAUGGAACGGAUUCUGAAUACUCAGCACUUUACUUCGAGAAGGUGACUCUACAAAGUAACUUUCUAUCCUAAAUUUCUUUCAUUUCCAGCUUACUUCUGGUAAAACAAGAACAAGCCUUGACAUGGCCACAUGAAAAUUGUAGUAAACUUAUUGAUACAAUUAGAAUUAUACUUUAAAAUUAUCCAAAGAGAAAAAAACCUUUGAAGACUGUUACAGAACAACAGAAUAAACAGAGAAUUUGGAGAAGAAAGGGCGUACCCAAGGUACCACCCCUUAAAGAGUUACGUGCUUUUCACAUAGGUUUCCUGAUUAUAAUUUCAGUGCGGAGGAUGAAAAGCAUAACUUGUUCACACCUUUAAACAACUUAAAAGAAAGAUGUGUUGAACGUGCUCUAAAUAAAAAUUUAAGAAUUAUUUUCCGAAUCGAAUUGACCUAAAAAAUGAGCUUGAAGGGAAUCGCAAGUAUAAAAAAAGGGAAUUUCUAGGAAAUUCCUGUACGGGAUUAACUUUUACCAGAUCGAUAUACUUUGUUAUUGAUCAAACGGAUUAAUAUAAUUGAACUAUAGCUUACCGAAAGAUAAUUAAAAUAUUCUAUUACAAAUUCCAAUUACCGUAGAAACUGAAUAUCUGUUUUCAUGUCAAAUUCGAGAUAGGAGAAUAUGGAACCUAACUAAAAAUCAAUGACAGCCUAAACCAAAUAUUUUUCAGAGUUAAAUAGACUAUUUACUCACAGUAAGAAUAGAUAACAAUUGCUCUAUUUGCACAGUAAGACCGCUAAAGAAAUAGGAAAUGGUCGACUAGCUCAUUAUAUUUCUUUUACUGAAUGGCUUGUGCUAAUAUAUUAUUUCCAUUCAUUUUCCCAACACCAAGAUGUGGAAGCUCUCACAAUACUUCUAGAUAGGAUAGGGGUCAAUUUUGUCGUUUGACAAAAUUUCUUUCCCAGAAUUAUCAGCUUGACCUGGACGUCAGUUAGUAUACAAUUUAAAUUCAUAUGUCAAUCCGAACAAAGCUAAAACAUCUCACCAAAAGGCAGUAAAUGCAUAAAAAUGGCCUUCACGUGUGGCACACUUGAGUGAACACUCUCUCGUAGAACUUGUACUUCUAAACUUGAUAAGUUGACCAGAAGGCACGAGCUUCAUUUGAGGAGAGCAGAGAAACAAAAGCAACGCAAUCUUUGAGUAUUUUAACCCUAAAUUGAAAAUUGCCCAAAAUUACUGUGAUAAUUUUGUACGUAUUCUAGAUACGACCUUAGCCAAACCCAAGGCACUGAUUUUUUUUUUGUGAUUACUACACACGUUGCAGCCACUUAGUUAUCAUCUAAGUUCACGAAUGAAAAUAAGUAAUCACGGAAUAACAUCGGAACCAAUCAAAAUCCAGUAAGUGCUCUUUCGGAACAAUUCGUAUGACCAACAUUUGACGAAUUUUUUGUUAUUUUUCUUAAAUUCUUUGAAGUACAUUCGACUUCCAGCACCAUACAAAACAAAAUGCCGACAAGAUAAACUCCCAGGUUUGGGUUCAUACACGAAGGACGGCUGCAUCUUUCAAUGCCUCGCAAAUUACACCCUGGCUCAAUGUGGAUGCCGCCGACUCGGAUUGAUAGGUUAGAUAUUAUAAUUAGAACUAUGACAAUAACUAAUUGAAUUAAAUCUUUACCUGCUAUUUUGGUAAUAACUGAAUACCAACAUUGGUUACAUGCCUUAAAAACUGCAUUUGUGCUAAAAUGAUAAAUCGAUCGAUAAAAUAAAACAAAAAGUUCAAACAGGCCUUUGGUUUACCUAUAAGAUUGACUGAGCUUAUUACAUCUAGAACAAUAUCUCAGCUGAGUGUGGACGAAUAUAUACUUCCUAUAACACAUACCCAAUUCACACCAACAAGACACAUUUGUUCAACUGGUUGUUACUGAAUGAAAACUGAAAAACUGAAUUUUCCAUAGGAUUCAGGUACUUGCUAACUUGUUUUUCCAAUGUGUUACAUUGUAAGUCAAAUAAUAUUAGGUUACACAGCUUCUAUGAAGAAAAAAAAUUUACACUGUGUCUAACAAAACAAGUUAAAACAUGUUUAAGCUUUAGUUUGAAUGAGGUAAUAGUAUUUUCCACAAAUAACAACAAUGGUUAUAACUGACAAGUUAGUAAUCAUAAGAGCAACUAAUCGAGCUACUUUAACUUGAAAUCCUUUUUUUUUUGGACUUAAAAGCUUGUAUCUAUAAAAUUUUUACGGUAAACGACUUCACAGAUUUUUAUCUUCUGUUAUAUGUCUCUGUUAGAACCAAAGACGACACCCCUGUGUUCCCUCCAGGAUGACCAAUGUCUUAAAAAAUCUAGAGGUAAGACAUAUGCGACGGCGGUAACUUAACGGUCCCUAAUUUAAUAUUCUUUCUACCUGAGCUUGAUCGAAUGUAAAGCUACUUCACGAUCAUUAAAUAAAACUGGAUUUUCCUCGCUGGAGAGACACCACAGAGAUAAGACCAAAGUCAAAAAGAACCACGAAAAGAUCAAAAACGACUAGAUUAACACGGAAUGUAUGUCAUGAACUUAUGAAAAUGUGUCUAGUUUUUUCUGGAUUGACAGACGAUUGUUCUAGGAUCCGAAUUUACUUAGAGCACGAUUAUAGCAAGUCAGUUAUCACAGUUCUCUAGGAAGUAGAAUAACCAUAGCUAUGUUCCUAUAAUAAUCCACAUACCCUGUCUUAUUGCAGCUCUAUUAGUCAAUGACAUAACAACAAAUUUUAUUUCAUUUUUAAGGGGAUUGGAGUAGGUCAGAAUGUCACUGCAGCAAUGCAUGCUCAGAGGUGGAAUACGUACCUUUUGUUUCUUACUCCAACUUUCCUGAUGUCUCAGCAAUUGCAGUUUUACAACAAUUCAAGGGAAAAUCAGAGACUUCUAGUUACAUGAGGUAUGCUCAUACUAAGGGGGGCGUUAUUAAGAUUUUUUAUUACUAUUUAUUUCAUUUUAUAAGAUUUAUUUUAAACCAGAAGAUUAUAGACAUCAAAACUUGUCGCUUAAGAAAACGAAACGUGCAUUAUUUGACGUUUUUGGACCUUUGUAACCUACAACAGUUGCUCGCCGAGAGGCCGGUCUCUCUCCUGCAGCUUACCACCGGCAUUUUGGCCUGUAAAUAGGUAAAUUCUAGGAGUGAUGUAAUUUAUCUUUUUUGUUUCUUUGAUUCCAUCUUUUUGUGUGCAGAGAAAACUAUGUCCUUCUCCAAAUCGGCUUCACGCGUUUAGCUUACGAGAGGCUUGAGGAUAUCUCUAGCUAUGGAACAGAAAGUCUGUUUGGUGAGAUGGCUUCAUAGCAAAAAUUUAAGAUUUAAGUUGUAACAUCCAACGCAUUGCCGCUAUCUUUUUUAGACCUACAACUAGUUGGGUGAUAGAUGCCUGAAAAUUCGCUAGAAACCAAUCACAUUCUCAGAUAGGGGAUGUUGGGUCUCCCACUCAGGGAGGAGAACGUUUCAAGUGAAACGCUAUUCGGUAUGAGGGCAUGAACCACUAUCUCGUAUUGAAGAUGUUUCCAAGAGUAGUUUAGAGAUGGAGAUAGUUUUUUUUAUUAAAAGUGGUCAUUGAAAAAUUUCAUUCAGGGUUCUUCAAUAACAUAUGCGUCUAAAAGCAAUUUCAACUAAUCUCUGAUUAGUAUAAGAACAAGAAGGUAAAUUGAAAGGUUGCACUAACCAUUGACUACUCAAAACAAAAACAUUGAACGGCCAUGAGGACGAAAACUGAUCAAUGUUUGAAAUAUGCGGUAUAAUGUAAGUGCAAGAAAGAUUUCAAUUUCAAAACCGUCUUUUUGUUUCAGGGGAGUUUGGAGGCAAUAUGGGCUUGUUCCUUGGUUGCAGCUUACUGACGUUGUGUGAGUUCCUGGACUUUUUUUGGGAAACAUUCAUGUUCCAGAUGAGAAAGCGUUCUCCUCAAAUAAAUGCGGACAUGAAAGACACAAGUGACCCUCAGUAA